GAAUGAAUGUUCGGAUAUUCAUUUAAACACAUUGAUCACUGAAUAAUAUCCCAUGUCAUAUUUGUUUAGUUGUUUUAAUAUAUGUUUAAUUUUGUCGAUCAAAUAAUGAUGUGGUUAUUGGUCUAGUUGGUUUUAUAUGUUUUGAUUUUAGGAGGCUAAAGGUGAUAAGCGGGAAUUCCUAAAAACGAGUUUCGUAUUAACUGGUUCUCAUCACUAAAUGACGAUAGCUUAUCAAUAUUUUUCUUACUUACAAUUUAUUGAUGACUGAAUAACAACCAAUGUCAUGUGUGUAGAUUCCCUCUUAGUGUUAAAUGAAUUUUAUCGACCUAGCUUCAAUACAGGCAGUAAUCAAAGUGACUCGAUAUCGUGUGGACUAUGCUGAGAUGUAAGAUGGUGAUUGAAUGUAGUCGAUAAGGAAAUCUGGACCUAGGUGUCGUGUUAUUCAGUACUCAUCAGCAAGGUGUACCUGUCAUUUUUUUAAAAACUGGUGCAACUUGAUCGAUAGAAUCCCACCAGCACUAAGAAGGACAUGACAGAUAUGAUAUUAUUUACUUCUGAGUGAUCGACCAAUUUUAAAUACGACUCAGUCCUUGUGGUCACAUUUCUAAUUACAAAACUAGGUAACAUAUGAUUGAGUUCAUCGGGUAGCGUCAGUCCCAUCAACAUUAGAGGUACACCUUGUACACAAUAAAGCCAAAAAGUGACUGUGAACAUGGGAGACAAUAAUCAAUAAACUGAACAUGGCUUAAGAACAGUAAAUCGUACAGUAAUAAUAUAUAGGUCAAAAUAAAGCUUAUAACAAGGGGAAUAUAGAUAUACGUAAUCUAGUUACUGAAUAUUUAUACCAUAAGAAUGUAUAAAUAAUAUUGUUCCAUUAAUAAGUCUCAGACGUUACUCGUAAUGUAAUCUUGACUAGGAUAUAACACACCUUGCUAACGAGUACCAAAUAAAACGAGACCUAGGUUCAGAGUUUUCUGUCAACUACCUCCAAUCACUAACUUCUCAUUUCUAAAAUAUGUUUUCUCUGCGUAUCCCUCAUAAUGUGUUACUGUGAUUUCAUUUUGCUGUCUUUUUUGUUUAAUUUCUUAUAUGACGCAAUAAAUAGUGUUUUUUGAAAAAAAAGUUGUCACUAUGUGCAAUAUCACUAGUUCCCUUUCAAUACACAAAACUAAGCUGUUUCUUGUUCAUACAAUCAGUUAGAAAAUAUGAGAAUGUUGAAAUACUGGGUUACUAAUUAUCAUUAACGAAUGUGUAAAUGUAAUUCAACUAAAUCUACAUGCUUUGAUAAACUCAUCUUCAAAAAAACUGUGGCCUUGUAUUUAUAAAUUUAGACGUGUAUUCUUCAAUCGGCCUAUUGAUUUAAAUGUAAUUCACAAAACAAACUGAUUUCUGGAACUGUCUCCUACGUAAAGGUUUGAAUAUCAAGCACCAUCAAAUGAACCAAUCACAUGUCAUGUUAAUCUUAAUCCUUAUUGGUUAAUCAUUGAUUUGAUAAUUUUAUUCGCACAUAAGUGAAGAAAAUAAAUCAAGGUUUUAGCCUGAACUAUUUCUAUUGAAAUGAGACGUGUUGUUAUUCAAUGUCAACACGAUGACGAUAUUCCAAUAAUAAUGGAAAUAAUUAAUUCGUAUGGAGGAAGUUUAAUUCGACCACAGUCACCUCAAAGAUUUGAUAUGAUUCAUGUGGAUUUAUCAGAAGAAAAUGAAACAACAUUAAGUGAUUUUGUCAAGGAAUUACAAAGUAAGAUCAACUCAGUUGCAGUGAAGGUGUUUUGA